UUAUAGAGUGUAACCAUUGGAUCACCUUUCUGUCAUUCCUGGUAGUAUCAUGUCUUCUGAAAUACCAUGGCUGCUAGGUUUUAUCUUGAUUGGAGUUGGAACAGUUGUUCUUUCAAGAAAGAUAAAUCGGGAAGAUGACAUUUCGCCUGAGGUACCAGACCACCUUGUCUGGCCAUCUGGCAGGAGGCAGAGUUCAGAUCAUUCCAGGUUUCAAGACGAGUUUUCUUCCUGGUCCAGUUACAGAAAAUCUGAACAGUUAGGAAGAAGAGAACUGAGGAAAAAACCAAACAUAAUCCUUAUAAUGACAGAUGAUCAAGAUGUUGAAUUAGGGUCAUUGAACUUCAUGCCAAAGGCUUUGAGGAUUCUUGGUGAAGGAGGUGCUCAUUUUCCUAAUGCUUAUGUCACAACUCCAAUGUGUUGCCCUUCUCGAAGUUCAAUGCUAACUGGCCUCUACGCACACAAUCAUAACGUUUUUACCAACAAUGACAACUGUAGCUCUCCCCAAUGGCAGCAGGAACAUGAGACACGAACCUUUGCAACUUAUUUGAGCAAUGCUGGCUAUCGAACAGCCUACUUUGGUAAGUAUUUGAAUGAAUACAAUGGAGACUAUGUACCACCUGGCUGGAGAGAAUGGGCUGGCUUGAUAAGAAAUUCUCGGUUCUAUAACUAUACAAUCAACAUGAAUGGGAACAAAAUCAAACAUGGUGAUGACUAUUAUCAAGACUACUACCCUGACUUGAUUGCUAACGACAGUAUGACUUUCUUACGGCUGUCAAAACAGUACUUUGCUGAAAAGCCUGUGAUGUUAGUGAUGUCCUUCCCAGCACCUCAUGGACCAGAAGAAUCUGCUCCCCAGCACCAAAAUCUCUUUCACAAUAUCACUACUCACAGGACUCCAAGUUGGGACUAUGCUCCAAAUAAUGAUAAACAGUGGCUUCUUCGUUACACCGGAAAGAUGGAACCUAUCCACAUGAAGUUCACUGAUAUUCUCCACACUAAAAGAUUACAGACUUUGCAGUCUGUUGACGAUGCUAUAGAAAAACUGUACAAUGAACUAAAGAAUCUAGGAGAACUUGAAAACACUUAUAUAUUUUACACAUCUGACCAUGGCUAUCACUUAGGUCAGUUUGGGCUAGUGAAGGGCAAAUCUCAGCCAUUUGAAUUUGAUGUACGAGUACCUUUUCUGGUGCGAGGACCUUUAGUUCCUAAAGGAGUACGGAUUUCUGACAUUGUCAUUAAUGUGGAUUUGGCUCCGACAUUCUUAGAGUUAGGAGGAGUUAACCGACCUGAACACUUGGAUGGCAAGUCUAUAGUUCCUUUGUUGAAAGAUGCAUAUGAACAGUUUAGUAAUUCAAGAGAAGUUUCUAAAGAAGUGAAGCUAAAGAAAGGAUGGCGGGAAAGUUUUCUCAUUGAAAGAGGUAAACUCACCAAAGGCUAUAAAGACAUGUAUUCUGAAAAGUCAGUCAAAAAAAAAAAACUGAUUGCAGAAAAGUGUGGACAACCAGAAUAUUCUUCACCUUGCAAGUCCUUCCAGAAAUGGGAAUGUAUACAUGAUGGUCAACGGUGGCGAGUACGCAAGUGUCGAAGUGUUUAUUUUGAUCAAAGAGUGAACAAGAAAAGGAGGAGGAGAAACUGCUGGUGUGAGAAUGAUGACGAUAGUUUAUUAGCAGAGUAUGCCAGUAAAGCCUUGGAGGUUAAACAAGCACAUAGUGAGAUGUCUUUUGAUAUAGCUGGUACUGCUACCAAGGAAUUGGCAAUGAAACCUCAGGAAAGACGACUUCAACGAAAGUUCCUUAAAGAACAUGUUAACCAAGGCUUCAGAUCUAUUUUUGUUGGCUCUCGCAGAAAAAGGGAAGUUUUUGUUCCAGAGUCAUUACAAAAGUUUGAUGUGAAUGGUGUCGUACAAUUAUCACACUGGCUAGAUCUCACUGUGAAGGAUGAUAUGAAAUCACAGGUGAACACUACUAAUCAUGUUAUGGAUUUUCACGAGGAUUACCUAAAAAGCUCGGAGUUCGAUAAAAGUUCUGCUCUUACCUACCAAAAUACCCAUCACAGAAUUGCUCAGAGGUCUGUGUCAGAUGGAUAUCAUUCCAAAUCCAACCCACAUGGCUGUGUAGCACUCUCUAGUAAUUCUGUUAUCUGUGUAGAUCCCAUCUAUUACGACCAAAAGAUUUGGAGGAAGAAUAAAAAUCAGCUAGACACAGCAAUCAAGGACUUGAGGCAUAAACUAUAUGAGUUGAAGGGACUUCGUCGUCAACUGAAGAAGAAGCGUCCUCAAAGCAGUGGAUAUUUCCCACAAGUAGAUUAUCCAGUGGGUCAUGGUCAAAGAUGUCACUGUGAUGAUGAUGAAGAACAACAGAGAUUGAAGGCAUGGAGGCAAGAGCAACGUGAAGCUCGAAAACUUGCUCGUCAACGUAAAAAGGAGGCCCGUUUGAAAAAGAAAGAGAAAAAGAAUCGUCGUAAAGCCAAAUACAAAGGAUUUGACUGUAAUGCUGAUAAAAUGAAUUGUUUCACACAUAAUAACAACCACUGGAAAACACCCCCAUUAUGGACAUAUGGUCCAUUCUGCUUUUGCCAGAACUCAAACAACAAUACAUAUUGGUGUUUAAGGACUAUUAACUCUACUCACAACUUCUUGUACUGUGAAUUUAUAACUGGUUUUACCAUGUAUUUUGAUCUCAGGACAGACCCCUACCAGCUAAGAAAUGCAGUGCACAACUUGGAAUUAUUUGAACUAGAAGAUAUGAAGCAAAAGUUAAACAGGCUCAGAAGGUGUAAAGGUGCCAAGGAUUGUACACUCAGUUCCCAAUCACAAGACCAGGAACGACUGCAAGAAGGUUUUUCUUACUCAUCCCGGUUUGUGGAAAGAAGGAAAUUACAUCAUCAUCGAGACGCAGACAGAUCAUCAUCAUCAUUAGAAAGUGAUGAAAGACAACGUUAAAUAAAAAUAGAAUUUAAUGGUUUUCUUUAAAUUAAGAGGGGAUAAAACAUUAUUUAUUGAUUAUAAGGUAAAGAACUGUAAAUAAAAAAUUUAGGCAACACCACCUAAUAGCAUAAAGUGAUAAGAUCAUGCUUUUAUAGUUUGGUGAUUUAAAGUUAUACAAGACACAUCAGGUACUGCAACACCUAAAAUGUAUAGUACAAUUGUUUUUCUUUACAAGCAUUUACCCAUUAGAUAGAAAACUACCAUUAAAAAUUGUACAUAGACUUGAGUAACAGACCUAGCUGGUCAUUACUACUGCCAGCAGAAAUAUCAACCUUAAAGAAAUUUAAUUAACAUGUGUGAGUGAAAUACAAGUAGAAGCAAAAACUUCAAUUUUCACAUAGUUUGGGAGAUGGAAAAAAGAUUUAGUUCAAUGCAAGACUAAUAUUUGAAUUUAUGAAAGCUUGUUGGUUAAGUAUUAGGUUCUUUUCCACAGAAAGUCUUACAUACACAGUUUUAUAAAUGGAAUUUGAAGAUUUUCAACUUGUUAAUUCUUCAUGAAGGAGUGUGUGUAGGUAUGAAAUACACAAAACACACACACUCACUAUUGAUCAACUGAGAACAAAAAGGUCAACUAUAACUCCAGUACACUUAUUUUUAGUUUUAAGUUUUAAACUUUUUUGUUUUCUUUUAAUACUUUAGACUAAGUUAUACUUGUGUGUUUGCAUUAUAUCCAAUAUAGCUGUAAAGAAUGAAGCUUUUAUUUGUAAAGCUUAAUGCACACUCAAGAACAAGUUGUAAAACAAUAUUCCUUUAGAGAUUUUAAAGAAUUAAUAGUAAUAUCAGGAUGUCUUGUAACCUGAACAGGCAUUAGAGCAGGAACAAUUAACAGUUAAGGGUGGAAGAUGAAGUUUAUGUAUAUGGCAUAAAUACUGCUCAAAGUUUUUAGAAAAUUAGUCCUUCAAAAAAAAAUCCAUAGAUAUUUUAUAAUGCAGUGGUUUCCAAACUUUUUCUCUCUCACUGACACAAUAACCCACUUACCUUUAUUUGUGCAACACCCUGCUGUGACGUGCACUAUUUUUUGUAGAAUUUAUGUUCUUAGUUAUUCUUCAUUUGGUAAAACUCUUGCAACACCCCUAGCAACAAAUGUUUGGAAACCACUGUUCUAAUGAGAGAAAAUUAAAAGAUCAGAUUAGGUAUCUUUUAAGAAUUAAAAAAAAAAAUUAAACUAUUAGUGAGAAACUUUAUUGUGGACAUUCUGGGUAUUAAUUUACAAAUUUAAUUUUACGGGAUUUCAUCAGUAAAGUAGAAUUGUCUUUAGAACAAGUCACAAGUUUCUAAUGUAAAGAAUGUGGAUUUGAAUUUACUUUGUUGAAAAAAGAAAAGUUUGAUCCAUCUUUUAAGAAUGAUUUUUUCCAAAAACUAAAGAUGACGAGUGUUUUUGAAGUUAAUCUUGGCAUUUUCACAUUUAAUUCUUAAAAUAAUCAUAGCUCAGUGUUAAGUUACAUAUUUGUCACACAAGAAUUAUAUUUUAUGCUAUUUCCAAAUCAGAUUACGCAUUGAGGUGCUGUAGAAAAUCAGUUGCUGAAAUUGUUGUAGUAGCAUUUAAGUUACAGACCAGCUUAGACACUACAACUUAACCGUGUAAGCAAUGUUGUUGUUCCAAUAAAUAAAAAUAAAAUAGAAAA